AUGGAGCUGUGGUGUCCGUACUACAUGAUGGGCCCUCAUCAUCAUUUUGGUGGUGUCGAUCGUCUCGAAAGAGCUCUCAAUUCCUAUUGGAGGGAUGCUGACCACUCUGUAAUGCAUGUGGCCAAUGAAACUCAACAGGUAUCGCUUAGGCAAGUAUCUUUUGUACGCUCGUGGACUUUGCCCGAAAAUGUGGACCUCGACGCUGUCCGUACUCAGCUCAACGACGCCGGUCAUCUAUCCAUUGAAGCCCCAAAAGUGACAGAGACAAGCAAUCAGCGUCGUGCUAUCCCAAUCGAGAGGGCUCCUUCCAAUAAGCACUAA